AGUUAAUGGGAACUGGACGAAACGGAGAAAAUAACAAAUUUCAAGUGAAAUACUCCGAUCCAAAGGUCUGCAAGAGCUUUUUGCUGGCAUGCUGCCCACACGAAAUCCUAUCAUCAACAUUCUAUUUCCAGAGUCUCUGGAAAAAGCAAUUCCAAUCAGAUCCAUUGUACAAUAUUGUUGCGAGUAUUGUCCGCUCAUAUGUCGUGUUGUACUUGUCGCUCUCACAUGCGCGUUACUGUAAGUACUGAAAAAGCGAAGAGGACGUACGUAUUACAAUUCUACAAUUUGAUUAUCUCUUUAACAUAAUUCAAGUACUAGGUAUAUUAAUUUGAUUAAUGAUACAUAAAGGCGGGCGGUUACCUCAGCCCCUCUACCGGUCAACGGUGGCGAGGCUGAGUGUCGAAUAUUAAUUCCGAGACCCCAAAAGGCCAGUGUAAAGUUGGUAGAAAUCAAGUUUACUUUGAAAGUAUGUGUGAAAAUCGUAUUCAUCCUCGGAGAUAUAGUGGGUUCAGGAAAUGAAGCAGUGAUCUCUUCAUUGCCAUCGCAUUGUCGUGUCAGGCGGAGAGGUGUUGCCACUCUGUAAGUGAACAUAACAAAAUAUUUAUCUGUAAAUUGAACUGCAUUUUUACUUUAAAAUUUCUGUGAAUCAAAGAAAUAAAUAAUGAUAAUAUCGAUUGAAUGUAAACGUAUAUACGUGUAUGUAUAUAAGAAUAAAUAAAUAUGUAUUAGUAUAUUUAUUUAUUCGAUAAAAAUAUAUAUACAAAUAUAUAUAAUUACUUUGUAAGCGCGUAUGUCUAUACCGGAAGUGUACAUUUGUACACUUUGUCUACAAUUUGUAAGUUCUCGUAAAAAAAGAAUAAUAAAGAACAUUCGUGGACCGUAUUUUUCUGGAUAAUUAGGGUCUUUAACUUUUAUCGUUGUUGCGUUUUAAAUUAUUUAGUUGGCUAUCGAUUUAUCCAGUUCGGUUUUCUAUUUACGGAACAGCCAGUUGAGAAACCUUGUUCUUGUCGUAAUAUAAUCUUUCAUAAAACAAGUCGGGAGGGACUAUAUGUGUAUAUAUGCGUAUAUAUAUAUGUAUAUAUAUAUAUGUAUAUAUAUAUAUAUGUGUAUAUAUUAAAUAAAUCCAAUAAAGCUUCUUAGGAUCGAAUGUAAUAAUAAGCUAAUAUUGAAUGAUUUGUAAAUCGCAGCGCAUGGACCUGGGAGAAUGCCCCCAGAUUCACGACUUGGCCUUACGGGCUGACUAUGAAGCUGCACAAAAGAAAAAGGACCAUUUCUACGACAUUGAUGCUAUGGAACAUUUACAAAAUUUUAUCGCCGAUUGCGAUCGUCGUACAGAACAAGCAAAACAACGACUCGCGGAAACGCAGGAAGAGCUUAGCGCCGAAGUGGCAGCGAAAGCAAAUAACGUUCACGUACUCGCGGAAGAAAUCGGCAAAAAAUUGGCAAAAGCUGAGCAACUUGGCGAAGAAGGCUUUGUCGAAGAAUCGAUGAAACUUAUGGGUGAGAUUGACGAAUUACGAAAGAAGAAGAACGAGGCUGAACAAGAAUAUCGGAACAGUAUGCCAGCAUCUAGCUAUCAACAACAAAAGCUAAGAGUCUGCGAAGUUUGCAGUGCAUAUCUUGGAAUUCAUGAUAACGAUCGACGAUUAGCGGAUCAUUUCGGUGGCAAAUUACAUCUGGGCUUCAUCAAGAUCCGCGAGAAAUUGGCAGAGCUUCAAAAAACUGUGGAAGAAAGACGUAAAGAAAAAAGAGAAUCGUUGUUAGACAGACGCAGAGACAGAGAUAGAGAUGACCGCGACAGAGAUCGAGACAGUCGACGUGGAGGAUUGGGUUAUAGAGACAAAGAUCGAGAUCGUGAUCGUGAUCGAGAUCGUGAUCGUGACCGCGACAGAGACCGUGAGCGCGAUCGUGAUCGUGAUCGUGAUCGUGACAGAGAUCGAGAUCGAGAACGUAGAGAUAGAGAUAGGAGAAAGUCACGCUCACGAAGUCGCAGUCGUGGAAAAAGAUCGAAACGUUCACGGAGUAGUAGCCGUAGCCGUCGAUCCCGUUCUCGUCGUAGUGGGUCCAAUGAUCGGAAAAGAUAAAACUAAUUACCAUUUUUAAUUAUGCUCAAUAAUUUUUUUCCUCGUAUGAAUUCUCACGUGCUUACUUAUGCACAUUACGUAUAAAGAGAAAGAAAAAAAAGAAAACAAAAUCGCAUUUGUUGAACAUCAUUUUUUCAAUAGAGAUCUUUCCUGGAUAAUAUAAACUAAGAUUUAUACAUUGUCCGUCACAAUUUACUCAAAACACCAAUAUUUCGAAAUAUCUUUGUGUAAAACUAAACAUAUUUACCUGUCAAUGUAAAAACAGGAAUAAAUUUAGUAGACAUUAAUAUACUAAUAUACUUAUUGUAUUUGAUCUUGAUAUAUUAAUUGUAUCUUUAAAUUUAGAUACUAUUUCGUGUAAAUAUGGAUAGUUCAGGCGUAAUUCUAUAAUAUUUGAAAAUGUUACAUAUUUAUAAUGAUUACAUAAUCUUAUGUGAAUAUUAUACGAGCAUAAAUAAUGAAAAUUUGUUCAAAAAUAUAUACGUUUAAAUAAUUAUUGAUUUAAACACUGCAA